AUGCCCUCCUUCUUUAGCAACUCCGGCGAUUCCGACGAACACACCUCCCUCCUUGGAAACGGCAACGGCAACGGCAACGGCCAUAUUAACGGACACAGCCACCGAUACAAAGUCGCCAGUCACCUCUCCCACUGGCCGUCGCGAGUCCUGCAUCUAACAUGGGUGACCCUCGUGCGCGAUUAUGUCAAUCUGCUCCUUGUCUUUGUACCCUUGGGUAUUAUGGCGGGCGUGUUGAAAUGGGACGCCACAGCUGUGUUUACGCUGAACUUCUUCGCGAUUAUUCCUCUGGCGUCGCUGUUGAGUUUUGCGACGGAGGAAUUGGCCGCGACGAUGGGGCAGGCCCUGGGUGGUUUGAUGAACGCGACGUUUGGGAAUGCCGUUGAGCUUAUUGUUAGUAUUAUCGCCUUGACGCGCGGUCAGACGAGGGUUGUGCAGGCGAGUAUGCUGGGCAGUAUUCUGUCAAAUAUUCUGCUGGUUUUGGGUUGCUGCUUUUUUGCUGGUGGUCUGCGGUAUCAUGAGCAGACCUUCAACAGCACUGUGGCUUCGACUAUGUCGUCGUUAAUGACUGUCGCCUCAGCAUCGCUUAUUAUCCCGGCUACCCUUUACUCGUCGUUGUCGAACCAACCCAAGCGCACGGAGAACAUCUUGGUCGUCUCUCACGGAACCGCUGUUAUCCUUCUGAUUCUCUACGUCAUGUACCUCUACUUCCAGCUGCGCUCGCACUCCUACCUGUUUGAAGAAGUCAACGAGGGAGUCACCGCCGACAUGGAAGGCCAGGAAGAUGGAGAGAAUGAGGCGCGUGAGCCUCAGGAAGAACGCGUCCUGGGUCCUUUGGCUGCCACUGUUGCGUUGGUAGUCGUGACCAUCCUGGUUGCCCUCUGCGCUGAUUACUUGGUCGACAGCAUCGACGACAUCGUUGAAAAGACCGGCAUGACCCCGACCUUCAUCGGUCUGGUCCUCAUCCCCAUCGUUGGCAACGCUGCGGAACACGUCACGGCCGUCGUCGUCGCCUGGAAGGACAAGAUGGACUUGGCCAUUGGUGUCGCCAUUGGAAGCAGCUUGCAGAUUGCUCUCUUCGUCACCCCCUUCCUGGUCAUUGUUGGCUGGAUUAUCGACGUGCCUUUGACGCUGCACUUCCAGACUUUCGAGACCGUCGCUUUCUUCAUCUCGGGCUUGGUCGUGACCUUCUUGAUCCAGGACGGCAAGUCAAACUAUCUAGAGGGUGGACUGUGCUUGGGUAUGUACAUUAUACUUGCUCUUGCAUUCUAUGUCUACCCGGACAGUGAUACGGUUGGGGAUGCUCUCGUGAACACAUCGUGA